GUUGUGGGCACCUUCCAACGUCCUGAAAAAUCACUGAUUUCUUCCAAACGCCGCGGCCUGAGACCGAGCGUCUGAGCAUGGGAGAUGAUCACCCACAAUCCCACAGCGAGUGAGCAAGAGAGAGAGAACUAUUGGCUAGUUGUGAUCAUGUGACAUCUUGCGGCACGUACUGCUCAUAUCGUAGGACGCCGCUCGUGUACCAAGUUAAAAUUCAUUCGAAAUGUUUACUGGUCUUGCAGAACAAAUUACUCGCGGUCCAAGGUUUUACCGUACUCUCUUGUUGGGAACUUAAUGGUGAGUCAGGCUCUGCAGUUGGGACAGCCUGGGAAGUCUGGGGUCUCGUGUCCUGUGUUCAAAGGGUCAGGCGCCCCAGGCCAUAGUCAUGGGCUGCCCGAGAAGCUGGGCUUGGACCAGUCCAGCCGGGGGAUCUGUGUGCUCACCUCCACUGCCUUCAGAACCAUAUUGUGUGCUGUGUCCCAGACACAAACGUAGGAGGGUGAGUCUCACCGGCCACCUUCUGGGCUCAGCCUGACGCAUCGCCCUGACACAGGCUCUGGUGGCAGCCCGGUGGCUCUUGUGGUUGCGUGUGCUGCCCUCGAAGUCCUUCUCAAGUCGCAAGUCUGCCAGCAUUUUCUUGUACGGAGUAUAACAAAACCUAACAGUUGCUCAGGAUUUGGCCCAUUUGAAGCCGGUAAUUCGAUGACUCUGAGCACAUGCUGGUCCUGGCACUUAGGGAUACGCGGGAGGCAGUGUCUAAAAUGGUUGGGAUUCACAGUAACGUAGCCUGCCCCCGUCAACUCGCUUACGUGUGUUUCUUUAUCAAGCCAUCGCGUAAUACGGUGAAAUGAACAGUUAUUACUUGUGCUGCUCAGUGAAUCUGACGAAUGCCAUUCUCCUGUCUGGAUAGGGUGCAUUUCCAUCGUCCUGGAGAGUUCUGGAUGAUCCCGUCUCCUCCACUGGCAGCCCCUCUGCUAUUUGCACCUUAGGGCAGGAUGUUCGCACGAGGGUUGAAGAGGAAGAGCACCGAGGACGCGGAGGACGGCGACGGGGGCGUGGCGGGCGUUCCGGCCGCCCCCUCCUACACCCUGCAGCGGCAGUCGCUCUUGGACAUGUCCCUCGUCAAGCUCCAGCUGUGCCACAUGCUGGUCGAGCCCAACCUCUGCCGCUCGGUCCUCAUAGCCAACACGGUCCGGCAGAUCCAGGAAGAGAUGACCCAGGACGGGACCUGGCGGGUGGUGGCGCCCCAGGCCGCAGGGCGGGCGCCCCUGGACCGCCUCGUCUCCACGGAGAUCCUGUGCCGCUCGGGGCGGGAGCAGGAGGGCGUGGGAGACGGCCCCCUGCCAGACCCGGCCCCGGGACAGGCCCCGAGGCGCCCGCAGAGCAGCCCCUGGGGACUGGACGGCUCCCGGGAGGGCAGAGGGGGCUUUCAGAAGUCGCUGGAUCACAUAUUUGAAACGCUGGAGAAUAAAACCCCCGGGUCCGUGGAAGAGCUGUUUUCGGACGUGGACAGCUCCUACUACGACCUGGACGCGGUGCUGACCGGCAUGGUGGGCGGCGCCCCCUCCGGCCCGGGGCUCCCCGCCUUCGCCCCCGCGGCCGCCGCGCCCCCCAGUUCCACCUGCAGGUCGGAUCUGGGCGAGCUGGAGCACGCGGUGGAGAUCCUGGUGGAGACCUGAGAGGGCAGCCGGCCCCGGGGGGACUCGUGGCGGAGGGGCCCCUGCGGCCUCCGGAGCGCGUGGCCUGGGCGUCUGCGGGCUCGGCCCCUGGUGUGUCUGCGACGGGGAGAACGUUCCGGAACAGCAUCCCGUUGCCCUGUGCCCUCUGUCCUCCUCCAGCGGGCUGGGCGGUUUCCUUCCGGCUAGCCAUCCGAGCCGGCCUGACGCCCGCCGGCGCCCCGGGUGCCGGCCCCUCUGUCCUCCGUCCCGCCACAGCUCUGUGCAGGGCCCGUCCCCGGCUCGGUGUCCAGCCUUGUGUAAUUUUAGAUAGGUGACGUUUUUUAAAUUAAGUUUUAUAUGUUUGGGGCAAUAUUUUGUCUUAAGAUCUAUUUUUUAAACUUUUUAUACUUUUUUUAGAUUUUGUCAGCUAUUCAAAGUAUAUUUUUCCUAUAAACGUUUUCUGCUGCUACGUUAGGAACCUAUAACCUGAACAGUUGCAGUUGGUGUAUUUCACCGUUUAAGGUUUAAAUAAGGACUUUGUUUCGGGUGGAACUUCGGGCAGCUCCGUGUAGCGCACGUGUGUCAUGAAUUUCCACUUCACGUCGGUGCGAACCUUCUCCGCGUCCUCGCCGGGCGGAGCAGUGCCUCUUAGUCUCCAGUGUCCUUACCGGCUCCUCUGCGCCGGCUGUGUCUUCGUUAGAAUCACAUGCGGAUUCUGGGGGGUUUAUUUAUGCCUAUUUAUAUGUAAGUGUUGGAGAAGGGCCCAUCCUGUCCACCGGAGAUCUCGGGGCGGGGUCUGAGGUGGUGCCUUCAGAGGAUCCGACCCUCGCGGCCCCUCCCGUGCCCCUGCGGUGUUCCCAGCGCGACUGGGCUUUCCCUGUGCCCCGCCGCUGUCGAGAGUCCCCCGACGGUGUGAACAUUAAACAAGGGGAACCUCGCUCAAAGGGAGUCAGGAGGCCAGAAGGGGGCUUUCGCGCCGCACCUGCGGACGUCGGGAAUUGCCGGUCACAGACCCUACAGAAGACCCCUGAACGGGAAGGAGUCAGUGCCAGCCCCCACGGGAAAAGAUGCACGUUUGCUCUCCCACCAGAAGCUGACGGCCCGCGACCACUCAGCCAGAGAGAAGCCCUCGUCACCCUGGACCCCGCUUCUCUCCAGUGGACUUUGGUUCAGAGCAGCCCUCCCGGCUCCCUCCUUUCUCCGUAAGUGACGUUCCUCCCGUUGGUUGCUUGGGCUCACCUGUGGUUCUCCCAGGUCACAGUUCUGUUAUUCCUGAAUAAACCUAGUUUGCUGGUAAAAUAACCGACGUUUAUUUUAAGGUCAACACUAGCCACACUGGUGUGCACGGAGUCUGCCGCGUGCCAGGUGACACUAGUGCUGGGACAGAACCGUAAGGUUAAUAAGUCAGGUCAAGUCCAGAACUAAGGAAGUCUGGACUCCUGCCAUGUAUGGCUUCUCAGUCCCGAGGGCAGUUGAUGGUGGGGUUGGUGGGGCGGUGCCACUUAAGUGGGCUCUGGUGUACCGUGUCUGCACCCCUGAACCUGCCCUGGCCGCGGGGAGUGGCCAGACCUUCUGUAUUGUUUUCACUAGUUUACAAGUAAGACUGCGCUCACCCCGUCCCACCCCUGCCCAGUUGCUGUUUCUCAUGCUUUUUCCUCCUUACCCAGCCCUUAGCCAAAAAGGUUUGUUUUCUCUCAUGCGUAGGACCAUUCUUUAAUAUCAGUCGUGUAUACACCACUUUAUUAAAAAACUAUCCAACAAACAAAA